AUGGCCAAAGUUGGAAAGCUAACAAAGAUCAAGUCAGCGAUCAAAAGGUGGCCCUCACUUACCAAGCUCAGCCGCAACAACAGCUCUGUCUCCGCCACCAAGGAAGGCGGCAGCGCCUCCUCCUCCUCCUCCAAGGAACAGGAACAACAACAACAACUCCACGCCGUCUACGUUGGCAAGUCCCGGAGGCGGUACCUCGUGAACUCCGAAGUCAUAGAUCACCCUGUGUUUCAGGAGCUAGUGGAUAAGUCUUCUUCUAGUGGUUGUGAUGAUGGGGUUGUGGUUUCAUGUGAGGUGGUGCUUUUUGAGCACUUGUUGUGGAUGCUUGAGGGCAAUGAGACCCAGUUGGGGUCCAUGGAUGAGCUUGUUGAGUUCUACUCUUGUGCAUGCUGA